UUUUGAAAUCCGGAAGCUAUCCGUGACCUGGAAGUAUUCAAAUUUAUUGUAGGAAGUUUCCGUCAGAAGAACGAAAUCUUAACAGAGGGACGAAAAGGACGAAAUAGAACGUAUGGACUCUCCAGGCAGAAGUCAAAGUCCCAGUCCUGGGCAAAAAGAACAAAGUGGACCUACAGAAGACGAGUCCUGUGCUGCAGCAGAGAAGCCCCAACAGGCCGGCUCAGUUGAGAGAAGCCCCAAAGAGAGGCCAUCUCCUCAGGCCAGUCCUGCAGGCCGUUCCCCCUCCGGGAGCCCUGCCUCCAGCAGCUCUGAUGACAGCAGCAGUAGUGAUGAUGAGGAUGAACAUAACGGGGCACUGAGGAAGUUAAGGAGCAGUGUGGCUCAAAUCAAAAGAUCAAGGUCCAAGUCCGUGUCCAGAGAGCGAGACAGAUCCAUAUCCAGAGAGCGAGACAGGUCCAGGUCCAGAGAGCGUGACAGGUCCAGGUCCAGAGAGCGUGACAGGUCCAGGUCCAGAGAGCGAGACAGGUCCAGGUCCAGAGAGCGAGACAGGUCCACAUCCCGAUCCAGGUCCAGAGGGCGAGACAGGUCCAGGUCCAGAGAGAGAGACAGAGAUCGGGGCCGCUACGACAGAGGACGCUAUACUCGUGAUCGCUAUGACGAUCGCCGUGACGACAGGGACGGACGUUUUGACCGGCGGACGAAUCGGGAUGCAGAGUUUGAUCACAGGAGGAGAGGACGCUCGGGCUCCCUUCCAACAGACAGGGAGCCAGCGGCGGCUGAAGAGCCGCCGGUCAAGAAGAAGAAAGAGGAAAUCGACCCAAUCCUGACGAGGACGGGUGGAGCUUACAUCCCCCCCGCCAAGCUGCGCAUGAUGCAACAGCAAAUCACUGACAAGACCAGCCUGGCCUAUCAGAGGAUGAGCUGGGAGGCCCUGAAGAAGUCCAUCAACGGUCUGAUCAACAAAGUCAACGUGUCGAACAUCGUCCACAUCAUCCAGGAGCUGCUGCAGGAGAACAUCAUCAGGGGAAGGGGUCUUCUGGCUCGCUCGGUGCUGCAGGCUCAGGCAGCAUCUCCGACCUUUACUCACGUUUACUCUGCUGUCGUCGCCAUCAUCAACUCCAAGUUCCCUCAGAUUGGAGAGCUGAUCCUCAAACGCCUCAUCCUGUCCUUCAGGAGGAGCUACCGCCGCAACCUCAAGCAACAGUGCCUGACAGCCUCAAAGUUUGUGGCACAUCUCAUCAACCAGAACGUGGCCCAUGAGGUUUUGUGUCUGGAGAUGCUCACUCUGCUGCUGGAGCGUCCAACUGACGACAGCGUGGAGGUCUCUAUCGCCUUCCUAAAGGAGUGUGGGCUCAAACUGACCGAGGUGUCCCCGCGAGGAAUCAACGCCAUAUUUGAGCGUCUCAGGAAUGUCCUCCACGAGUCGGCCAUUGAUAAGAGGGUCCAGUACAUGAUCGAGGUGAUGUUUGCCAUCAGGAAGGACGGUUUUAAAGAUCAUCCAGUGAUCCCAGAGGGCCUGGACCUGGUGGACGAGGAAGACCAGUUCACCCACAUGCUGCCACUGGACGACGAGUACAAUGUCGAGGAAAUGCUCAAUGUGUUUAAGAUGGACCCAGACUUCCUGGAUAACGAGGAGAAAUACAAAACCAUCAAAAGAGAUAUCCUGGACGAGGGCAGCAGCGAUUCAGGGGAGGAGGGCGACGGCAGCGAAGAAGAUGAUGAAGAUGAAGAAGAGAACGUGCAGGAGGGAGAAGAUGAGAAGGUCACCAUCUUUGAUCAGACAGAAGUCAACCUGGUUGCUUUCAGAAGAACCAUCUACCUUGCUAUCCAGUCCAGUUUGGACUAUGAGGAGUGCGCUCACAAACUGAUCAAGAUGGACUUUCCUGACAGCCAGACGAAGGAGCUGUGUAACAUGAUCCUGGACUGCUGCGCUCAACAGAGAACAUACGAGAAGUUCUUUGGUUUGCUGGCCGGGAGGUUCUGUCUGCUGAAGAAGGAGUACAUGGAGAGUUUUGAGGGGAUUUUUGCGGAGCAGUACGAAACGAUUCACCGACUGGAGACCAACAAACUGAGGAACGUGGCUCGACUGUUCGCUCACCUGCUCUACACAGACUCUGUGCCCUGGAGUGUGUUGGAGUGCGUCAGGAUGAGUGAGGAGACCACGACGUCGUCCAGCAGAAUCUUUGUGAAGAUCCUCUUCCAGGAGCUGUGUGCCUACAUGGGCCUCCCCAGACUCAACCAGAGGCUCAAAGACAUGACUCUGCAGCCGUUCUUUGAAGGUCUUUUUCCUCGUGAUAAUCCCAGAAACACUCGCUUCGCCAUCAACUUCUUCACUUCUAUUGGACUGGGAGGACUGACGGACGAGUUAAGGGAACAUUUGAAGAACGCUCCCAAGAUGAUCAUGACUCAGAACCAGGAAGUGGAAUCCUCUGACUCCUCGUCCUCUUCAUCCUCCUCGUCCUCUUCAUCCUCCUCCAGCGAAUCAGAUACCUCUUCCUCAGACUCCUCCAGCGAAUCAGAUUCCUCCUCCUCAGACUCCUCCAGCAGCUCAGAUGGAAAACACAGGAAAAAGAAGAAGAGUAAAGAACAAAGCGAGGAGAAAAAGAAGAAGAAAGGGAAGGACAAGAAUCGAGCCGUUCGCAAGAACGACGACGAGGAGGAUGACAGUGAUGACGAAAAACAGGCGAGGAAGGACAGGAAGGGGCGCACACGCGAAGUGGAUGGGCGUGAGCGCGCACGCGAAGUGGAUGGGCGUGAGCGCGCACGCGAGUUGGAUGGGCGUGAGCGCACACGCGAGUUGGAUGGGCGUGAGCGCACACGCGAGGUGGAUGGGCGUGAGCGCACACGCGAGGUGGAUGGGCGUGAGCGCACACGCGAGGUGGAUGGGCGUGAGCGCGCACGCGAGUUGGAUGGGCGUGAGCGCACACGCGAGGUGGAUGGGCGUGAGCGCGCACGCGAGUUGGAUGGGCGUGAGCGCGCACGCGAGUUGGAUGGGCGUGAGCGCGCACGCGAGUUGGAUGGGCGUGAGCGCACACGCGAGGUGAAUGGGCAUGAGCGCGCAUGUGAAGUGGAGCGUGGGCGUGCACGUGAGGCAGAGCAGCGUGGGCGUGCACGUGAGGCGGAAGAGCGGGGGGGUCCACGUGAGGCGGAGGAGCGCGGGCGUGCACGUGAGGCCGAGGAGCGCGAGCGUGCACGCCAGGGCGGCCGCCGUAGCAGACGAGACGAAAGAGAAGAAGAGGAGCAGCAGGCGGAGGAGAGGAGACAAAAAAUGGAUGUUCAAGGCCGACAAAGAGAAGGAGAGAGGGAGAGAGAGAGAGACAGCGGGAGGGAGAGAGAGAGAGCGAGGGAGAGAGAAACUGAGGAGAAGAGAGAGAGGGAAAGGGAGCAAGAGAAACCGAGGGAUAGAGAGAAGAAUAAAGAGAACAGAGACAGGAACAGAGAGAGAGAGAGGAGAGGAGGAGGAGGUAAAACUUCCUCCUGAGGCAGCAGUGAUGGACUGACAUCUUUUUCUUCUGUUCUGUCAUCCCUCACUUCUUUACCUCAUCCUGCCACUCUCUGUUGUUUUGGAUUUGGGACCUGUCUCUCUCUCUAUGUCUAAAUCUGUCUGCCUGUAUUUUCUAAUAAUGAUUUUGUUGUUGAUAAAAUGCGAGAAAAAAAAAACCCAUUAAAGUUGCUUUAGAUGUUUUCUAA